GUAGGGUAAUAAAGGCGUGAACACACGCCUUUGUUUUUUGUUCCUGUCUGUACUGAAAAAUAUUCAAUCACAUUCAGUGAUUUUACUGAGCAGGGGACCAAAAUCAAGCUGUGAUACUUAUAGGGAUAUAACUGGAGCAAAGAAAUGUGUGGAUCACCUGAAGAAUAGAGUUUCUUUAUCUUAAUGAUUGCAAUUGGUGUAACAUUGUAACAUGAGAGACAAAUUCUUCACCUCAAGUGUGUAACUGAAGAUGAGAGACAAUAUCUGAAGAGUAUUAUUGCAGUGUUCCGGAACUAUAUCCAAGAUGGGUCAACGUCUGAGUGAAGAAAGUGACUCGGACCAAGAAAUUAAAGUUGCUGAGUUGCAGGAAUGGUAUAAGAAGUUUGUGGUGGAAUGUCCAAGUGGCACUCUCUUCAUGCAUGAGUUCAAGAGCUUCUUUGGUGUAACUGACAACAAGGAAGCAGCAGACUAUAUUGAGAACAUGUUUCGCGCCUUUGACAAGAAUGGGGACAACACAAUAGAUUUUCUUGAAUAUGUUGCAGCCUUGAACCUUGUCUUGAGAGGUAAACUGGAACACAAGCUAAAAUGGACAUUCAAAAUGUAUGACAAGGAUGGAAGUGGCUGUAUCGACAAGACUGAACUUCUUGAGAUUGUAGAGUCUAUUUACCGGCUGAAAAAAGCCUGUCAUGGAGAACUAGAUGAAGAAUGCCAUCUUCUAACUCCAGACCAGGUGGUUGAUCGGAUAUUUGAGCUUGUGGAUGAAAACGGUGAUGGGGAGCUCUCUCUGGAUGAGUUCAUUGAUGGGGCACGGAGGGACAAGUGGGUGAUGAAGAUGCUGCAAAUGGAUGUGAACCCUGGUGACUGGAUCAGUGAGAGACGCAAGAGCGACUAAGAAAUUACUGGAAUAUAGACUGUUAUCGACUGCUAGGCCGACCUAGGUCUGUCCUAAUCAGCCCUGGACCUCCCCUCUUUUCAUCCUUUAAUCUGUAUUCACAUAACAUAUCUGUGUAAUAGUUACCCAGGCAGGUCUUGUUUUAUAACUUAUUUCUAUUCAACUUUUCUUAUUGGAAUUAGUAUUUGAUAUCUACUUUGUUUGCAUUGAGUUUGGGUGUGUUUUAAUGUUCUUCAUUACAUUUA